AUGCCGACCUCCAUCGAUCUGGAACCCUUGGGUGGCAGUGGAUGCCUGAGUGCCGCAACUUCGACGCUGCCCCAUGCAAGGCGGGCUUCUGCCAAUGGCUCCUUCCUGAACUUGGGUGGCUUAGCAGGCGCUGCUGCGGGAGCUGCAGGGGCGCUGGGCGGUCCACUGGGUGGUGCCGUGGGUGGCGUGUUAGGCGGGAUGGCGGGCGUGGGUCAGAGCAAGCUGAUUCCAGAGCCCAAGGCGGAAGGUCCACGAGAUCGCUUCAAGUUACUCCUAGAGGUGAAGCGAACAGGAUAUCCCGAUGACCAUUCGCCACAACCAGAUGCUGGUAGUCCUGGCCAGCUUGGCUUUGCGGCGCUCCAUUGGUCGAGACAUGAGGUCGCCAAUGCCUUGCGUGCCAUGGAGAGCAUGCGCUUCGUCGAGCAGCAAGCGCAGGUAGCCAAGGGGAUUGCAGACAAGGCUGCUGCACAGCUCACGUACCUCAUGGAGUCUCCUUGCCUCAGAGGGGUGACACAACCUGCAGAAGCCGCAAGACUUCCCGACCAGCAGUCAGAAAGCCUUACCACUCAAUCUGCACCGAAUGCGACGAUGUCAAUGUGCCCGAUAGUGUUGCAAGUUCUGACGUGUGGCAGGACAUGUACGCGAGACAGGCAAAAAUGCUUUGAGUUUUUGUGA